AUGCAGACCAUGAAGCAACUAGAGGAGAGCAGCUGCAACUUCCGUCGGAUUGGACAGGGAUUCUGCGGCUCUGUUUGGGCAGCGGAAGGGGGCAAGGUGGCCAUGAAGAGAGAGAACGGCGGGCCAGGACGCUCUAUCCUCACCGACUACAACAUGCACAGACUUGUGCUCGAUGCCGCCUCACAAGAUGAGGUAAAGGUGAACGUGUGUGUGCCUCGAUGGCCAAGGUUCGUCGAGAACAACGAUCCGUGGUGGCACUCAAACCUUGCCAUAUUUCCCAAGAGGUAUGCUGCAUGCAAUAUACUCUGUUCAGAACGUAUUCCACCAUUGUCGAAGGAGGUAAGAGACAUCUUAAUCGAUCGAUACUGUCCUCCAUCGUCAAUCGCGACCAUUAAAAACAACGACGCAGACCGAGACUGCCUGGUGCGACUUUAUCUCGGACGUCGGAAGAUUCAAAACUCGGGCAGGCGAGGACUAAAUUUCUUCUCCUUGCGUAACUAUCCGUUGCAUCUCAAUCAGGCAGAAGAGCUCGGGUUGCAGAUUUUGAAUUACGCCUGUGAUAUGGCAGAUAUGCUCGCCAGGAUGCACUGGACUGCGAAAAUCGACGCCAACGAUGUCGAGUUCGUCAUUGGCGGUAUCCAGGAGACAACGAUAGGAGAACACACCCACAGCCUUUUCGGAAGGCAUGCCCUAUGGCUCCUAGAUUUCGACUGCUGCAGACCCUUGGCAAUGGACGACGCAGGUGUUACGCAGGCCGCUCGUGCCUUCCUGAGGAACGAUCCAUAUUUCCCUCGUCCUGCAAUCGAAGGUUCCUCGGAUCACGCUCUCUGGAUGAAGUUUCGAAGCCAAUAUCUCGAGUCCAGUAAAGCUCGGGUCGGCCUUUGCGACGCAAAAUACCUCAGCUUGCCAGAACAAUUCAUCAAUCAAGUCGAAGAAUCUCAUCACGAGACCAUGAAGAGAAAACAAUCAGCAUCGCACUCUUGCCAAUCAAUACACCGCCGAUACCGUAUACCUCCUGCAAAUCUUCGCAGUUUUGGUCAAACGACAGAGAGCAGAUUUCGUCGUCGCGAAAACCUGGUGGAGGAUGGGAUCGCGGUGGAAUGGGACAUUUUCGUGAGAUCUGAAUUUGGCAGCGGACAGUCUUUUAGUGGCUCAGAAUUGUGGGAGGGACACAACUGGCGACAUCAAAUGCAAGUUGUGGUUCUUGCGCUCCCACCCUUGAACACGCAAAGUGGCAACGAUACAACAUAA